AUGGCCCAAGAACGCUUUCACCACCCCGAUGGCGAUUUGACUAGACUUCUUCUUAUAUACCGAGCUUUCAAGAAAGCCAGCAUUGCCUCCACCUCAUCUGUAAACACGAUUCAUUCUUUGGGCCAAUUGGCUACCUCCACUUCUUCAUCUACCUCUCUGCAAACCUGGUGUACUCAAAACUGCCUAAACAAGACUCGUCUUGAUUUGGCCGUCAGAGUGCGCAUCCAGCUCAAAGCCUUGGUUCGUAGCAGUGGUCUAUCGCCACUACAGACUUGUGGUGAACAGACGGAGCUUAUUACUCAGGCCUUUCUGAUGGCCGGUUUUCGCGAUCAGUUGGCAGUAUUGGCCGACUUAUCCGUCCUUCCUGCUCCGCAGUCCUCUGUCUCCUGUGCCUCCAGAUUCCAACAUGCCUAUCAGCUUUAUUGUCAGAAGGAUUUACCAAUGAAUAGCUGGACUUCCAGAUUGCUCUAUCUCCACCCCUCAUCCACCCUUUUUCAUUCCGACCUGCAGAACCCUCCGCCAGCCCUGCUUUUCAUCGAGGCUGUCACAAUUGCUAAUGGCAAUGGCUUAUCUCUCGAAAAUUUGCACGACACUUCUUCCACUGACCUUCAUUCACAGGGUACUAGUAAGUAA